AUGCUACAAAUUUCAUGCUGCAUAAAGACUUAUCGAACUAACGAAGCCUUUGUUUCAGUUGGUCCGACGUUACUUGCGAAGUAUCCCGUGGUGAUUUUCAUACAUGGCGAGGCUUUUGAGUGGAACUCCGGUAACGUGUACGAUGGCUCCGUACUUGCGAGUUACGCGGGCCUUGUUGUUAUCACUAUAAAUUACCGGCUGGGUAUAUUAGGUUUCUUAAACGCAAAUCCAAUACCUCACGUAAGAGCAAGAGUAGCAAACUAUGGACUGAUGGACCAAAUCGCCGCUUUACAUUGGGUGCAGCAGAAUAUUGCACUAUUCGGUGGGGACCCAGGAAAUGUUACCAUGCUUGGUCAUGGAUCCGGCGCUGCGUGUAUAAACUUCCUCAUGAUAUCUCCUACAGUUAUGCCAGGUCUCUUUCACCGAGUAAUCCUACUGUCAGGUUCAGCUUUAAGCUCUUGGGCGUUAGUGGAAGAUCCUGUGAACUAUUCGGUCCAAUUAGCUAAACAAUCAAACUGCACCUUACCAGAGGAUAUCGUAAAGGACCAUGAAUUGAUCGUCGAUUGUCUCCGAGAAGUGCCCUUACAAGAACUUAUGUCUGCCGAAAUAAGCACUCCGAGCUACCUAACAGCUUUCGGUCCCUCAGUCGACGGGGUUGUAGUUAAAACGGACUAUGCUAAGGAAUUGCUUACAUUUUUCAUACCAAACGACCUACAGGGUUUCACAAGCGUUUCAGGAGUGAACAAUUUUAAGGCGGACAAAAGGAGCGGAGAUAGAAUUUUCGGGAUAAGAGGAGGACAGAAUAAAUAUGAUCUGCUAUUCGGCGUUGUAACGAGCGAGGCACUCUGGAAAUUUUCAGCUCAGGACAUUCAGAAUGGUUUUGAGGGCGAGAGGCGGGAUAGAAUAAUACGGACAUACGUGAGAAACGCCUACACAUAUCACUUGAGUGAAAUUUUCUUUACAAUAGUCAACGAAUACACGGAUUGGGAAAGAACUGUUCAGCAUCCCAUUAAUACACGUGAUGCGGCAGUGUUGGCAUUAUCCGAUGCUCAAUAUGUGGCCCCAUUGGUGCAAACUGGGGACUUCCUUAGUGUGGCAAAGAGUUCGCCAGAUUCAGGGCCCAAUGCGUUUUUCUAUGUCUUUGACUAUCAGACUAAGGAUGGAGAUUACCCCCAGCGAAUGGGUUCAGUGCACGGCGAAGAGCUGCCUUAUCUAUUCGGAGCGCCUCUUGUCGACGGUCUGGGACAUUUUCCCAAAAACUACACCAAGUCUGAAGUGGCCUUGUCUGAAGCUUUCAUAUUGUAUGUGGCUAACUUCGUGAGAACUGGGAAUCCUAAUGAGGUCCAGCGACAAGAGUCGGUACUUCCGAUUUCAAGGGAGAGGAAUAAAUACAAGAGCAUCGUAUGGGACGAAUACGAUACUUUGCAUCAAAAAUAUUUAGAAAUAGGCAUGAAGCCACGUAUGAAAAAUCACUACCGAGCGCACCAGCUGUCCGUCUGGUUGCGGUUGAUACCGGAGAUCCACCGGGCUGGCAUGAAGGACGUCAUCGCAAAACACAACCUAUUCCGCAACCACAACGACCCUGAAAUGUACGAUGGUUUAGUUCGGGCCGAUCCCCUUACGCGUGCGAAUUACUACGACCCCACAUUAGAGCUCUAUCGCAAAUCCUAUAACGUAACGCUCGAUAUACCCACAACCACCAUGGACACUCACGUCACAACUUGCAUCAGCGUCAUGUCCGCUCGCCCCGGCGCCCCCGUCACUCAAAGUCAACCCAACAAUUCACAAACUCAAGACGUUUCUAAUCUAGAAGUGGCCAGCUACACAGCUUACUCGACCGCUUUGAGUGUAACAAUCGCAAUUGGCUGCUCUCUAUUAAUCCUCAACGUCCUAAUUUUCGCCGGCGUCUAUUAUCAAAGAGAUAAAACAAGAUUGCAAGUUAAAGCUCUCCAACAACAGAAACGGAAUCACAACUCCACUUAUGAUACUUCGAAACAUCCACAUUACUUUGUCGGUCAUUCUCAGAGUUCGAGCACGAUUGUCGAUAUCGACCAUCAAGAUAAAAACGCGAUCAUUGCCAUGACAAAUCGUGUACCCCACUUUACGAAUACAAAUUGCCCCAACGUCUGUCACACGGGGAUUCAAAUGGCGAGUUUGAAGACGAGCCCCAAUCGAGGCCAAUGUACUACCUUGCCAAGAAAGGUUGGGUUCAGUUAUCAAAAUCAGAUUUGUAACGCGUCGAAUUGUAUGACAUUACCGAAGAAUGCUACGUUUAUGAGUAGUGGCAAUUUGCCGGAUGUUCAGGCUCAGACUGGACAAUCUCAGACGCCAGGAAAUGGUUCGAUACAGCCAACAUCGCCUCAGCAUUUUUCUCAAAAGUCUAGAGUCCCCCAGGCGGCAAUGUCUGAAAUGAAUGUAUGA